AUGGGUAUUCCCUACUCCAAAGAGAUCAACAAGGCAUUCGAGCAAGUCACACCCCUGGUGGCCGCAGGCUUCCAGGUCCUCCAGACAACCAAGGACAUAUCCAUCCUCCUCGCCUGUAUCGAAGUCUUGACUUGUGUCUUCCUGUUCCUGGUCCUCCUCACGCUGAUCGGCCUGAUCUGUACGAUAAACCCCGAGCUGGAAAAGGAGAGAGAUGAGCUGGUGACGCCUGUCGUCAAGUGGCUGGCGAGCUGGAUCUUCUCGUACGGAAGGAUAGUCAGCUGGCUGUUGAGGGCUACCAUCGUAUUUACCACAGCUGGCUUGGGAAUCUUCUUUUGGCAGGGUUCGUUGGCAGGUUCGAGCGUGCCUGGGACACCGGCUGAACCGGAUGAAGAUGAGAAGGAGGCGUCAAAGUAG